GCGGCGGCCGGCGGCAACCCUGCUGCGGACGCCGGACUGGGGGGCGAUGGCGAGUUCGAGGGCCAGGUGCGCGCGCUGGAGGCCUGGCUGGCCGCGCACCCGGGGCGCUUCCCGCGGGACUGCGGCCGCAGCGGGCCGGGCGAGGCGCAGCUGUCGGCCUUCCUGCGCGCGCGGCUGCACGAGUGGGCCUCCGGGCGGCUGCCGGAGGCGCGGCGGGCGCGGCUCGCGGCCGUGCCCGGCGUGGAGGACCGCUUCAAGCAGGUGACGCGGCCGCGCAGCUUCGAGAGCCUGGUGGGGGAGCUGGCGGCCUGGGCGGAGCGCCACGCGGGCAGGCUGCCGCUGGCAGGUGCCCUGGGCGCCGAGGAGCGGCGGCUCUCCAAGUUCCUCAACAACCACCGCCCGCGGGCGCCGGCGGGUGGCCCUGGCGCGGGGCGCCCUGCCGAAGGAGCGCCUGGCGCUGCUGCAGACGGUGCCCGGCGUGGCACACCGCGUGACGCAGUGGGAGACCCGGCUGGCCGGGCGGCUGCGGCGCGUGCAGCCCGCCGCCUUCUGCGCGCAGCUCCAGGAGACUGCGCGCCUGGAUCGAGGCGCACGGCGGCGCGCACCCCCGGAGGCGCGGCGUCGGGCACGAGCGCAAGCUGCACGCGUUCCUGAGCGAGCAGCGGCGCGCGUACGUGGCGAGCGACAUGGGCGACGAGAGGCGAAAGCAGCUGCUGCAGCUGCCCCGCAUGCGCGCGGUCUUCGCCCGGUGGGAGGUGCCGAGGCGGCAGCGGUUCGGAUACUGCGUCCUGCAGCUGCAGCGGUGGGUCGAGGAGCACGGAGGCGGCCGCUCGCCGCUCCUGCAGAGCAGGGCUGGACCUUGACGAC